AUGGGCCGCGCCCACGCACGCACGCACGUAAGCACGCACGUGCGCGCGCCCGGUGCCGCCGUCAGCUUCCACCUCCUCUCUCCGCCCCCACGAGCUGUCCCCGCAGCUGGAGCGGACGGAAGAGGGCUGGACGCCCAGAGGCAGGCGGUGGCCACGUUCCCCCGCGUCUGCGCGGCUUCUUCGGGAGGAACGCCCGCAGCCCUGCGCCGUCGAGAGCUCUUUGGCCUCGGCGGCAGAAGCAAGUUGACGAAAGGAACGUCAUCCUUCGGAAAGCGUUGCAACAAGACGUACACGUUGUGCCGCCGCUGUGGCUCUAAGGCCUACCACCUUGAGAAGUCUACCUGUGGCAAAUGUGGCUACCCGGCCAAGCGCAAGAGAAAGUAUAACUGGAGUGCCAAGGCUAAGAGACAAAACACUACCGGGACUGGGCGGAUGCGGCACCUAAAAAUUGUCUACCAAAGAUUCAGACAUGGAUUCCGUGAAGGGACAACCCCUAAACCCAAGAGGGCAGCUGUUGCAGCAUCCAGUUCAUCGUGAGGAUUUCAAUCUGUCAUAAAAUAAAU